UCCUCUUCCCCACUGGGAUCCAGCAGUUCAGGCUUCAGCUUCUUCUCCCAAGAACUCAAUGGAGAGAAAGCCAUCUUCAUCAAUGGCUGCCCUUCUCUUCACUGCAUCUCUUCUGGCCAUCAUUUCCUCGUCGGCGGCGGCGCUUUCCGGUUCCUUCGACGACAACUUCAGCAAAACCUGCCCAGCAACCAACUUCAAAACCUCCGAAGAUGGACAGAUCUGGUAUCUAUCCUUAGACAAAAAAGCAGGUUGUGGGUUUACGACGAAGCAGAAGUACAGAUUUGGGUGGUUCAGCAUGAAGUUGAAGCUGGUGGGGGGCGACUCUGCUGGGGUGGUCACGGCGUUCUAUAUGUGUUCUGAGCUGGAUGAUUCAGCGGCGGGAUGGGGGACGAGAGACGAACUGGAUUUUGAGUUCUUGGGGAACCGGACAGGGCAGCCUUACCUUAUUCAGACCAAUGUGUACAAGAAUGGCACCGGCGGUCGUGAGAUGCGCCAUGUCUUGUGGUUCGAUCCCACCGAGGAUUUCCACACUUAUUCUAUCCGCUGGAACUCUCACAUGAUUGUAUUCUAUGUGGACAGGGUCCCCAUAAGAGUAUACAAAAACGCAAACUACACAAACGACUUCUUCCCGAACGAGAAGCCGAUGUACCUGUUCUCGAGCAUCUGGAACGCGGACGACUGGGCAACGAGGGGCGGGCUGGAGAAGACGGACUGGAAAAACGCCCCAUUCGUGUCGACCUACAGGGACUUCAACGUCGAGGCUUGCCAGUGGAAGGAUCCUUUCCCGGCCUGCGUGGCCACCACGACUGAUAACUGGUGGGAUCAGUACAAGGCGUGGCACCUCUCGAGCGACGAGCAGUUGGACUAUGGCUGGGUGCUGAGGAACCUUGUCAUCUAUGAUUACUGCACAGACACUGAAAGGUAUCCCACCAAGCUUGAGGAAUGCUGGCUCAGUCCCUGGGACUGAUGGGAAGGAUGUUUUUAGUUCUUGUCUGAUAAGAUCAGAGUUGUUGUAUCUUCAAUUCUUCAGUUUUGGUUCAGUGUACAUUAUAUUGGUGUAAUAUUUUUUGUUGUUCGGUUUUAUUCUUUGAUUUGCGGGAAACUGUCUGAUAGUCCGCUUAGGGUGAAGCCCGCCUUGUUGUCCAAUUAUUAUUUUUAAUAUAAUUAUAGAUUUUUUAUGAAGUUUUGGACUCAAAA